ACUGCUGCUGGCUCGGUGCUCGGCGCUCGGUUCGUUCAGUUUUCGGUGUGUUUUCUUUCCUCUCAAACCAGUGCUGCUGUGCUGUGUGUGUGUGCUUCCUUCGCUCCUCUGUGUGUGUGUUGUAUGUGUGUUUUGAUUCUGCAUUGCCACUUUUUCCAGCGACCGUGCUCGGUCCAUCUUUUAUCCAUCUUCUUCACGUACCAAACAAGUGCGAGAGUGGUUAGGGGUGAAAAGAUCGAAUACGCGCAGUGCGUGACACGAAUGAAACACAAAAAAGGCAAAAGCGCGUGAGAGCGAGUGAGAGAGGGAGCGACAGCAGCAACAGAGACGAGCACACAAAAGGCGUAGGGCAGGAAACGGAAAAGCAAACCCCUCACAAAUACACGCACAAGCAGCGAGCAGGGUGAGAGCGCACGUGAGAGCCGCUUGCUAGAAAAAGGACACACAUUUUCCCUCGUGAGACCCUCCCUGUAGGGUGAAAAGCAUCAACAAGCGCACGAAAGCAUCAACGGUCGAAUGCCACAGGCAGCACAGGAAAAUGAGCUACCGCUAGCGGGUGACUGAGUGUACCGUGUAUCCCUUGAGUGCUGACGAUAGCAACUUGUUUGCUGCACACGAAUCGGCCCAAAAACCCACUUGUCGCAGCGUCGUCCCUCACACUGUGUGCGUUUGUGUGUGUCUUUGUGCAAAAAGAAAAACAACGGGACCCGAUCCCCGCGACGCGAGUUACCCGUGCCGACGGGCAUGUAUUGGUGGUAGCGCCCAUUCUCUGCCACUGUAGUGCCGACGUGAGCAGCAACAGCAGCGCCAGCAGCAGCAGCAGCAGCAGUAGGGAGGCAACAAAAAGAAAAAAAAAACAGAUUCGGCAGUGGCCACUGUGCGACAGCAAAAAGCAAGCAUGGCCGCCGGGCCCGGUGUGGUUGGCGUUUUGUGCAAACCCAAUGUGCAGUGAACAAUGGCCCCAAAGGCCUCACGGUCGACGGUCGAUUGAAAACUCCGGCAGGGCGGUUGUCUCCUGUCCCUGGUCAGUCGCGGCGCAAAAUAAAACAGCGAAAACCCUUCAUGAAGACGGCCAAAGACAGUCAGGUGUGUGUAUGUAUGUGUUUGCUAGUGAAACUGUGAACGCUGAAGCGUAGUGGCGCAGGAAAAACGAUCCAAACACCAGUGAGAACCGCCUGCAAACAAGUGUGUUUGCUGGUGCGGCGAAACAAGCCCGCGAGGAAAUCGAUUCCACGCCAAACGAACGGCCGUGUUGGGUACAUGCAACAUCCUUGCGACAGUUGUGUAACCGGAAGCGAAGUGUAAACGUAGCCAAAGUACGUUUACAGGCAGGCAGGCAGGACGACCAGCCAGGACGGUGAGCUACGGCACAGCUCCCGAGGCGUAGUUGUCCUUGUGAAGUUCGUUACCAACAAGGAUACCCCCGUGCAGCACCUGUUGGCAUGUGGGAAAGGUUGGCGCGUCCGACGCGGUAAUGUAACGCGCUGUAACGUUCUACCUGUUUAAAAAAAAAAUCUUCCCCACGGUUCUAUGUUUCACCUCGACCUCGACGGACAGAAAAAGGUCGAUUUUCCUAACGAUUUCCCUCCCCUUGCUCCAGCAGGAAGUCUACCGCACACACACACUGCACCCUCCCUUUCCAGUUACGAACCCUCACUACGAACCGAUCGAAAGCGAGCUUAGCUUACCACCACUUACAAGCUACUUGUUGCAUUGGGGCCACCCAGUCAACCUCUGUGCCCGCGUUUACUGCCGCACCGUUGUAAUAAUUACUUCGCUCUUCCAUCAAACCCCCCUCCCGAAAACCCGAACCGCCCGAAGGCGUCGUCGCGGUGCGGACGUGUCCACGGGUUCUCCCAUUCUUGUCGGCGCACGUUUGGCCAACCGACGGCUGUCGGUUAUCCUGCUCACUCCCGCCGCUUCGGUUGUUCGACCGAGUUCUUCAUUUGCGACCGACGCCACCGGAAGCACAGUAACGACGACCGCGUUUCUUUUUAAUGGACGCUCGGGCGUACACGGCACCCAUACACACGUCGGAAUAGAUAGUACGUUCGCGGCACGAGAACAUUAAGAUGCGUGAUACACGGAUGUGGAUGUAAAAAAUUGACAACAACAAAAGGCGGAAAAGCAAAAAGGAGCCUCGGCUCACAUCAUGUAGCGAGCGGAAGCAAUAUUCAGACAACGAAAGCAAUAACCAUUCUGUGAAGAAUACGAUACGGUGAGGAGAUGUAGACGAUAGAGCGAUAUAUUUUAAAUGGAAAAUCCAAUGUACGGUACUCGCAAAAGGGAGGAAAAAGCAACCAAACUAUGUCAAUAUAUAUAUUAUCCCAGCACGGUGUUAAUUAGUAGCAGUAAACGAAAGUAAAGACGUCUAAUCGUAAAAGCGCUGAGUCAGCGGAAAGCAUCUCGUUACAAACACUGGCUCCCUCGGUACGUUCGCUUGUCAAACAUAUAUACUCUGCGCCAUUUUGAUAUUAGCCGAGCGUAUCACUCGCCACACUAGGCACAGUAUAGUGUACAAACAAUUACUUUAGGCUCUCGUGUAGCUCUCGUAGUGUGUGUUCGCAGCAGGGCAACAGGGCACAAAAGACAAACUACCAUAGUCAGCAGACAGACAGCCGGACCGGAAACUACAACACACGCGAUGUGAUAGCGUUGGGCAACGAUUUAUGCUGACGGCUGUCAACCGAGAGCACACACACACACACAGACACGCCGGGGCAAUUCGCCAUCGACACUAAGGGCGCCAAGUGUCGCAAGGAUCAGCGUGCUGGAUCAGCGGAAAAUUAUCCCGCAAUUCAGUGUCGACUCCAGGAACAGCGUUGACGGAGAGAGAGAGAGUGAGUGAGAGAGAUCGAACGAAACCCUUUCCCUUCCCGAAGCUGGUGUGCAAUUUCGCCAAGCCUAUCGAGCCGUGAAAGGGAAUCGCUGCAAACGUCCAAAAUCAACAUCAUCAGCACCAUUUCACUCCUUGAGCACCCUUCCCGCUUUCGGCGCACCUGUGGCCCACCAAUUUCGGUCUAUCGCAAUCGGGCAGGACGAACGCGUACCACCGCUAGGCGUCAUACCGGAAAGACCUUCUGUGUUUGUGUGUGUGUGUUUGUGCAUCUUCGCACUUGUGUGUGUGUGUGGGCGUGAGGAUGCGUUAAAGCAAACACAGACACACAGUGCUCAACGAAGGCCACGAAGCCGUCCCAGAAGGUUCGGAAAUGAAGCAAAGCAUCUAAGCGGGAGAUGGUCCGCUGCGUAACAUCGCCCGUCACCCGUCAUUGCCGUCCAGCCCAGGCCCCAGCCCACAGACUGGCGCACUGCUGCUGAUCGGCUGCCAGAAAUCAGCUCGUGCGCAUCUCGCCUUCGCCAUCCUUUCGGUUCGGUUUCGGGCGGCAGUGAAGCAUAUUUCAUAAAUCCAACAAGUGUGUUUUCCUUUUCCGGGCUUUCCAAAAACGGUCCCGUUGGUGGUGGUGGUAGUGGGAAAUUUUGUACGCGCGCGUUUCCUUCGUGCUGGUUGCAGAGAAGCGACACGAACCGAGCGAAGAAAAAAUAACCAAGGUGCUUGGGUGGUGUUGUUAGCCAGUUCCCUACACGCAAGUAAGUGUACAUGUAUGUGUGUGGGUGAUUUUUGGUUGAUCGAUGAUGAACGGAACUCUCCCGCUCAUACUCACGAGUGACAGGCACAGCAUUAGUGAAAUUAUUGUGCCGCUUUAAUGCCGAUUACUCCACACCCGAACAACACAAAAGCCGGCGCUUACUGUUUGCGCCAGCAUGUAUGCAAUCGCACUCCACUAAACUAACAUACUAGGUGGCGCUCUCUAGCGGAAAGCGCUUGAAGUGCAAUGUGGAAAGAAGUGUGAUAAAAAAAAACUGUACAUGAAACGAAACGGAUAAGCAAUACUACUGAUGAGUUGUGUAUAAAUCGAAAUUAUCCCUUGGUAAAUCCACACGCCUUCUGGUAUGUAACAUCAAUUAACUAGCAUAACUAGCAAUCACUAGCAAAAACAAAACAAACAGCAAAGCGAACCAAAGCGUCAAUUCGCUGCUUUAAAUCGACCAUCGAUUUCAAAAUCUGUAUUCCAUCCAACAACCAAAACACAACGCAGCUGAAGCCCAACCCGCCAUGCCGCGCUGUUACAUCGUGAAAAAGCAACAACCCCCGGCGAUGCCGGCGUACCGGAACCGAACCACGGUGGUAACCGCCACCGGUGGCUCCGGCAACCAUCAUCAGCAGCAACAUCAAACGACCACCAGACAGGUGGUGGUGGUCAAUGGUAAAUCGCUCAAGGAGCCAGGUGAACAGGGCAACCGUACCGCCACAGUCCGGUCAGCCAGCACGGCCAGAAGCGGGGGCAGCAGUGCCGGCUUGAGUGGUAGCAGUGCCUUGGGAAAUGUUAUUGUGAAAAACGGCAAAGAGCCAACGGGCGGCAACGGUUUGGUGCUGCUGAACAGUGUCAGUGUCAUUAGUGGUGGUCCGGCCGGCAGCAGUGCAGUGUUGGAGGGCUCCAGCAAGCUGGACGGGGCCAGCGGCCGCAAGGCCGACAGUGUGGGCAGUGUUAGUUUUACGCUGGCGAACGGCCAGAGCACGGUGGGCAGCAACGGGGCCGGAAUUGUGCAGCGCAAGGAUGAUACGAGCGGCCCGGUCAGCCCGACCGAGGGCUGCGUUGCGCCGAUCUACUACACCAACAUUUCGGAGAACAAGAGCGGAUUCACCAUACCUCUGAGCGACUUCCGGACGUUCAAAUGUGGGCCAAACAACAGCAACAGCAACACCAAUCUAAUCAACGUGAAGACCAACUCCUCCCGGCAUCUGUCGGUAAGUGCUUCCCCUAGCCAGCCGCAACCGGACACGGGCGCCACUGCACCGGGCCCGAUCGUGACGAUACGGGCGGCCGCAUCCAACGGUGGCCAGCAGCAACCACCAGUGCUGCUCGCCUCGAUAGGCGCUAAAUCUGGCCGUAAUAAUCCUAAUUAUGGCAUCGGCAGCAGUAACGCCAACGGGCCGAACAGCAUCACACCGUCACCGUUGCCGGCGACGACCACGGCAACGCUAAUUUAUGCCGAAACGACCCCCGUCGCGCCGAUUGUGGCGGCGGCCGCUGCAGCUCAAGUGUCCGAUAAGAGGCAAGAUAAAUCAUCGCUCGUUUCCUCGUACCACAAGUCCGUAACAGGUCGGCAACAGCCAGCCACGCUGCUGGUGCAAACUGCCGCCACGCAACACGCUCAGCAACAGCAUCGCACGGAGCAACAGUCAAGUGCUGCCGCCAUGUACCAGCCCCAUUCGCAAACACCGGCGACGGUCGCAUCCUCCACCACGCCUGCGCCCGCCUGCUACGACACAACGGCGGCCAUAUUUCGCGAUCGCAGCAUAGAAGAAACGGAAGCCGCACAUGAUUUAUUGUCACUGUCCCAAAGCCUACCGCCCCUGACGGCACCGUGCGUCGUUACGAUCCUGCAUCCGGGGGGCACUGGUGCGUCGAGCGAACCGCUGCCCCUGGUGGGAUCCACCAGCCCGCAGCAUCCCCCGACCAAUGGAGCACAAAAUCAUCAUCCGCCACAGCAGUCGAACGCGCCCUGCCAGGGCGGCAUCAUCAGUAUUGUGGAGGCGGCCACGGCAGCUAAUUACCAGUGUCCGCCCGGAUCGGGACCAAUCUCGAUGAUAAUACCCUGCUACGAGCUGACGACAACGAUGGCUGCCUCGGCGCACAGUGACGGUGAAGGUGCAACGACGAUAAAAACCAUCUCACCGUCCACCGCCGGCCCGCUAACGCCGCCCACGUCCGAGCACUCGUCCGACACGGAAUGUUCGGCCAGCUCCGUCUCACCCGGCACCUCCUGUUCGUCCUCCUCGAGCGUGUUCUCCUUCGUACACUCAAGUUCCUCGUCAAUCUCUUCCAAAUAUUCACCCUCACGCUCGUCCAACAGUACACCGCCGGUCCCGGAGGCUCCCCCGACCGCCCGACGGACCAGUCGCCGGCCACACCAGCAACCAUCGGCCAGCAGCUCCGUCACGUCGGUGAUUGUCAACGGUUCCGCGCUUGCCGCCGGGACGGCGCCAGUAACUCGCAAGCAUAAAUCUUCCACACCUUCCACUUCCGGUGGCACGGCGGCCAAGGUGCCCGCCGUAAGCGCCAGCGCAAAGGUGGUUGCUCCCGCGCCCGGCCAAAAGAUCUCGGGCAGUAAGACGGCCGAGUUGUACACGUACGAUGAUCUGAUAUCGAGCGAUGGGCGGUCGAAAAAUCGCAAGAAAGCUUCCAAGGAAACCGCUCCGGUGCAGGCCGUGGCCGCUGCAAACUCCUCCAAAGCGGGCCCACCGGCUUCCACCGCUUCGAAAGCGGACGGUCCGGACCAAUCAACGGCAGGGGAUUGCGAUUCGUCCGGCGAGUCGGCGACCGCCUCGAACGGAACGUCGAACGGUAAGGGCAAGUACAAGUGUCCCGAGUGUGGCAAGCAGUACGCCACCUCGAGCAAUCUGUCGCGCCACAAGCAAACGCACCGCAGCCUGGACUCGCAGUCGGCCAAGAAGUGUGUCACCUGCGGCAAGGCGUACGUCUCCAUGCCCGCGCUGGCAAUGCAUCUGCUUACGCACAAACUGUCGCACAGCUGUGGCGUCUGUGGGAAGCUUUUCUCGCGGCCCUGGCUGCUCCAGGGCCAUCUGCGGUCGCACACGGGCGAAAAGCCGUACGGCUGUGGUCACUGCGGCAAAGCGUUUGCCGAUCGGUCCAACCUGCGCGCCCACAUGCAGACACACUCCACGGACAAGAACUUUGAGUGUGGCCGGUGUCACAAAACGUUCGCGCUCAAGUCGUACCUCAACAAGCAUCUGGAGUCGGCCUGCUACAAGGAUGAUGAUCCAAACGGCCCCGGGCCUGGGGAGGGUGACAACUCGCCUGUCAGUGUGAUCGGCGGGCGGAAGAUCUACCACAGCAGCCAGGACAUCGAUCGGGAUGAGUACGCGAUGCGUAUGGCUAGCGGAAGGCAGAACUAUCACAACGAUGACAGUUGCUCGACCACCACGAUCGAUGUCGUGACGGCCGAUCCGGGGGAUGAGGACGACGAUGAAGAAGAUAUCGAUAUCAUUACGACGUAAUGGACGUCACCGGCAAUGCUCUGUACUCUUUGAACUGUUUCUCUUGCGACUGAUUUCUCCCCUUUCGCGAAAAUGUCUGCUCUUUACUCUGAUCCAAUCAUCUAUGAAGUCUGCAAUGACAUUUUUUGCGUUCCCUUCAUAGCCCUUCAUCGCCUUCCUGUCUCGUAGGCUCAAGUUGACUCACAGCAAUCAAGGCAUCAGUAGCCAAACCACCAAACCCUCUAAAUUACUGUCAUCCGUACCGCCUCGGAUCGGAAAGCUGUACCGGAAAUGUCACAAACCCGGUUUCCUACUUCAACCACCUUCCUUUCAAUAUCUUUUAGGGCCUCUUCUUCAAACUAAAAAAAAAAGAACCCUCACUCUUCCUGACCUGCAGCAGCAGCUCCGCGACAGGAAAUUGACAGGCAAAUCUAAAAUUGCCGCUCGGCAGCAAAACUUCUCCGUCGGCACCCAACGGGACAGGUGUGAAAAAUUAAACGAGCGUUCGGGGGGCCGGAAAACGGAAAUUAGUUGGAUUUUCAAAUCCGGCUCGCUUAGCAGUGGAUCAAUUGCUAGAGCAGCCGGAGCGGGAAUUUUACUGUACAGCGGCUGCACAACAAAACUGUUAGCUUGAUGUAACCUUUGCUGAUGUAAAAACCCUAUGACAUGGGGAUAUUUAAGUGUCCUCGGGGGAGAGAGAUUGAUUGAAGGGACAAUAUUGGGCAGCUAUCGCGAACAUGGUUGCAACAUUCCAUCAACCAUUUUUUGAAGGACCUACGCUGACUUUGCCUCGAAUUUCUCUCCAAACUAAUCAACCCAACGAAACCCAACGACUUGAAAAUUUAAAUAACUUUACUCCAAAUUACAACAAAUUGAAGAAUUUGCAUGGAGCGCACGAGCAUCUUAAGAUUGCUCGUUUGGAAAACGAAGGAAAGAGACAUCAUUCAUUUUAGUCCACCUUAUGCAAAGAAACACACACUCUCUCUCUCUCUCUCUCGUACUAUGCUGCCACCCAAAAGCACACGCCAAUGACAUUCCAUUUACGCGUAGCAAGCGCGAGCUUGCGCGCGCACACACACACACACCCCUACUACUAUUCGCUGGGCUGCUAUUUAGCUAAGGAACCCGGGACCGGGAGGCGCACAUUGAUGAAAAGUAAUUUUGAAAGAAAAUAAAUUACUUUUAAAUGAUGACUCAUUGCCCUAUCGGUGGUGCGCCGAUACGCAGUGGGCCAACGUUUUGCGCGGAACGCACCAGCACAGUAUCGCAACGUCGCAACGCGCACCGGAAGCGGACGCUACUGGCGCGUUCAAAUUUAGCCCACUCUGCUGCGCUUGUGGCAAAAAGGUGGGUGAUUUGUCCUAGGCGAAACGGUGUUUUGGUCCUCCGUCUCCCGCCAAGGUUCGCCCUGGAAGACGUUCAUUAAAGGGCGAUGGUUUUCCUUUCUUUUUUUCCAUUUACCGGAGCUACACACAAAUAUUUUGCCUCGCACCACCCAGAGCUACCUUCGAGCUGCGGAGCGCAAGUAAGCCAUGACAAGUUGAGCGGAAUGCAAAACAACUCGUUCGACACCCGCUUCGUUCGAACGCGCGUAGUUGGCGCGCCGGCAGGACACGUGUCACCUGCGGAGAAUGGGAAUGCGAUGGUCCCUCACUAGGAGCGCACUUUGCGAGAACAAAACCGAAUUCUCUGGAACGAAACAUCCUCGACUCGUUGCAAAGUAGCAAAGCCACCGAGCGCAAAAGAAUGGAGUCUUUCACCGGAACUAGCACCCGCUUUUCAGCGGGGUAGGUACGAUGUCCCGCAUUGAAACAACGUUUUUUUAUUCUCUUUCUUUUGCUGCGUAUUUGGAACGACCACAUUCUAAACUAGCUUACCAUUCCUUCCGGCCACUUUCACCCUCGGUUCCGUACCGUACUCUCUCGAUCGAUGAUGAUAAUGAUGAUGAUGAUAAGGAUGAAAAUGGCGCAACAGGAUGUGUAUCGACGUUGUCCCCUUUCCAGUGGGUGGUCUUAGUGUUUCACCCUCUCCAGCAGUCUAUUUGCCAACGUGGACGUAACGAGCGACUGUGCUUCAACGCACACCAAACACAGACACACACACACACACACAGCUAGCCAGUUUAUUAAUGGAUCCGACCCAUCGUGGAAUGGAGUCCUUUGUAAGGCAGCCCUCAAGCCCCUCGCCCACCCCUCCUGCGAGAGCGAGUCCUUUCGAGCGUUUCCAUCAAAGAAUGGUUUAGUUUGGUUUCCGUUUUUGCCGCGGAUUUUUUUGUAUUUUUUUUCUGAUUCGCCCGCUCACCCCGUCCAUCCAUCAGGCUGAAUCCAUCAGCACCGACCAUUGAACGGUGAAGCCCCCACGCGAGUUCAGAGUGAUACAGAUCCCGGCAUCUCUUCCCCAUGUUUCCCUCUUAUCUAUCGAUCUUGCGACAGUCAAUUUCGUUUGAAAAAUUGCGUUAUUGGAAAUUGAUGACUUCUCGGCCGGCAAAUGACAACCGGAAUUUGUUUCCCAGCGGUUCAGGUCUGGGCAGAUUUGUUGGUGCUGUGUGUUUGCGUGUGUGUGCAUUUCCGUAGCUGUGUGUCCGAGUUGGCGAUGGGUUUGAUUUGAAAAGGUGACAAUUUCCAUCGGUUACGGAUGGAUGGGAGUUACGCCUAAUCAGUGUGGUGUGCUAUUAGACGAAUUGCACCUCUCGCGUGGAGAGUACAUUAAACCUUUGAGCUUAAAUGUCCACCGACGGUCAGCACUCAUCAACGAACAAAAUAAAAAUUCAUAACAUGUAGACGUGGGUCGGUAAAUGGGUGACAGUUAAAAAAACAUUCCCUGCCCCAGACCCGUAGUGAAGUUCCCGUGAGCUCAUAAUGACACCUUCCAUCAAUCUUCACUACUUUACGUCAAAGCGUUUGGUGGUGGCAAGCUGGACCGCAAAAACGCCACCAGUGCCGGAAUGCUGUCGCUCCAUUUUAGACCGAAACCGAUCAAAAUACAGCACCCGCAGUCCCCCCGAUCCGUCCCAAUAUCUGAACGUCCCGAUCGGUGCUUGUGCUUGUCAUACAGUAGUACAGUACAGUAGUUGACGGAACGAUCGAUAAGGGUUCACAUCGCACAGCGAGAGACGAUGUAAAAAAAUGACACUCUUCCUCUCCAGUUCACUCCGAAACGCUAUCGCAUUUCCACCCGCUUCCGGUUAAUGCCGCGAGCCUACGAAGGCACAGCAUCUAUCAAGUCCGUAUCGUCCGUCGUCAACAAACCAGUUCACGGCGGUAAAAUCAUUAUCAAUCUUCAUUACCCCUUGGGUAAGGCUGGGACAUAGACUUCACGCGAACCCUUGGAGCUACCGUAGUCAGUGCAAUCAGGUUUUUGGGUGGUUUUUUUUUCUUCGUCAGUCGCUAAAAUUAUUCUCCACACACCGAACAACACUCAACGCUUCGCGUAACGCUUCUUCAUCGUCGAUCUCGUCCUUCCGGGCCGGCAGUACAAAUCACGUAAAGCAUCACACGUCAAAACUGACCCCCACACGGUCAAUGGCGAGGCAAAAGAGAGGGUUGAAAAGAGCGGGCUGGAAAAUAUUGUGUUUUGCUAUCGCAAAUGUCAAUUAUUUUAUAGAGAGUUGUGCUUUUUUCCAUUUAAUGAACAGUCGACCAGUUUCAAACCGCCUCAAAUGCAAGGAAAAUACGGAGGAAAAAAAGAAAAGGAAACAUAAUGAAAUACAGAAGCGAUUGUGGUAGCUGUGAUUCGAUUUCGGAGCAUUCUAGUACAGAAGAUGAAGUAACAACGGGAAGGGAAAGAUAAAAAAACAGACAUCAGAGCCCUUUCCGGAAAAGGGUGUAAAAGAAGAGAACAGAAACACACACAAAGAGAAUUAAAUGAAAAGCAAUACAUAGCUGUAAACCACACGGCUGCAAACCAAAUGGUUGUUAAAUGAAACAAAACUAAAAACAAACAAACUCUAUCUACUAUCAAUUUCUGACAUCAAUUGGACCUCCCAGGAUCCAGCUGCUCGACGGUAACUGCGCGAGGUGCCUGCGAACAGGGAGGUCAACGAACACAUUCUUCCAUAAAGCGUAGCGUUUGCUGAACUUUUCUACUAGAGAGAGGGAAAACAUUUAAACACUUACUACUUACUAAAUAGAUUUAUUUAGCGACAUUUAGAAACGUAGUUUUGAGAGUUUUGGCUUUGCGUUAUUACUAAACUAAAUUUAAAAAGGGACAGGCUUACGGUGGCGUGGUCCGUUAGAUUGUUAUUCGAAAUUGUAUAACGCUUCGGUUAGCUUUGAGAUUUAACAUUUUUCCCCUGGUACUAUCCGGUUGUGUCGGCAACCAUUUAAGCCAAUUCUUCUUGACGAGCAAUUUAAAACUUACAAGACAAAAAGCAAACGAACGAACGGUAGUUUUAGUAUCGAGUGAGUGCAAUACAAUGUGCGUGUAAUGAGACGGUAGCAAUACAAGCGUAGCCACUGCUUGAUGAGAUAAGAUAAUAAGCAGAAGGUAGGGCAGAUGAAAACCCGCAAAAAAUGCAAACCAGAGUGAUCAAAAUGAUUGUCGCCAGGAAGGGAAGGGACAAAAAUCUGCAAACCAAUAUACAGAUGCAAAAUUAUAUAUACACUUAUUUUAAGUAAGCAAAAUUACAAUAUAAGUAAGUAUAAGCAAGUGUAGGCAUAAAUAGUAUCGUAAUAAGACAGAACAAAAUGAAAAAUGAGUACCGUGUAGUACCGGAAUUUAAAAGCAAUCUUUAGAACAUGAAAAUGGCAUUUAAAAAACGACACACAAACACAUACAAGAGAAGCAGAAAACAAACAAGUGAAACAAUGAACGAAAUGUAUAAGCAAUACCAAAUGAAACCAAUCAAGCAACGAAAAACCGGAUCGAACGAACAGAAACAGAAGAAAAGUCCAAAGCAAACUAUACAAAAGCUGCAAACUGCAAAGCAGAUCGACUGUACAACAACCGUGUGUACAACCCCAUGGACCCUGGACCAUCCAGAAUCGAAACGAAAAACACACGAUAGGACUUACGGCAACAAGAGGCUCCCCUAUUAAACUCGUUCCCUUUUUGUAACAGAGAUGCAAAAGUCCUACCAAACACCAAUAUGCAAUGCUCCACCUGGAUGGGGUAUAUUUUACACCGACCGGAACAACACGACAUAAACACACUCAAACACACACACACACUGGCACUAGAUAUGCCUGCACUUUGUGCACAUUUUUUGCUUUAAGCUGCGGGGUUGGGAGUUUUUAGACGAAGAAGCGUCCAAAAGGUAGUAACGCUUCUGCGGCUGUAACUGUUGGCGUAGGGCAGUGAUUUUCAUGCGUGCUAGUCGUAGUGUUUAAGGUUGUAUAGAUAAGUUUUCACCGCUAGUCAGUAGCCACACUUCCGUCGUUAGAGUCAUCCAUUGCGUGCGCAAACCAAAUGAGGAUAAGCAAUAUAGAUAUAUACAUACAUAUAUGAAAAGCCACACGAGCACUAAAAGGGAGUACGGUUUUUGCAAGCAAGGUUAGGUUUUGUGAUGUUUUGGAAUGUGUGUCAAUGCGCUAAAAGUUAGAGGAGGGUGUAUAAAACAAAACUGAUUACUUAAAUGAUAGAUUUUUGGUUGAGUUCGUUUCUUGCGGUACAGUUUUACGGUGCAUUGCGAGAAAGAGAGAUGGAGUGUUGGAGACAUUUACAGUGUGGAGAGGAGCAAUCUAGCUACGGUGAUCGUACAAUUGGGAGAGCGUGCAAAAAAAGGUAUUUUUUGAAAAGUAUAAUUAUUGCAUUAGUAUCCUUAAAGUUAUUUAAAAUUGUCUCCUAAGUAAGAUGUUCAUUAUAAGACAUGGGACAAAGAUUUAGCUAAUGCACAAAUAGCUUCAUAACAAUUAAAUGAUAUUAAAUGAUGGCGAAUGAUCAUUACCUUCCUCGCAUUUGAACUUAAAUAAUUUAAUUAAUGACUUACGAUCUAAUCCUGCGGUACAUAUUUAAUUUUUUAUCUUUUACUUUUACUUUAUACCUUACAAUUUUUUUCUUUUCUUAAUUAAUUAAGUUUUAUAUGCUCAACUUUUAAAACUAAUCUAGAUCCCUGUUUCUUCGAUGGUUUCAGUUCGUAAAUUGAAUGUCUAGUCUGUUUUAUUGGUGAAAUUGAUCAACCGGGUUAUAUUUUUCAUCUCUAAUUGACAGUUGCGUACCAGCAUAUUGGAAUUUGACAAUUGUGUGCAAACAAUUAUGUAACUUUUAUUAUUAUUAUUUUAUUUUUCAGCUUUAAAAGAAUCCUAAUUUUAUUCAAACAGUUUAAAUCACGAUGCUAUCUGGUUUUAACAUUUCCAUACACAUUAUUUUUGGUAGAAAUGCAAUUAAAUAUUGGGUAACCUUGUCCUGCUAUUAAACGUAUUUGGAUUUAAGUAAACUUCUUCAAACAAAAAACAUAUAAACCAACAACUUUCCCAUUCAUUUGACAUGUGAUUAAGCAUGGAGUUUUGAUAUAAUUUUUGUCACCAAAUGUCAAACUCCAUGUUAUAAUCGUCAAACGUUUCAUAAUGCUAUACAUACAAGUACAACUAGUACUAAAUACAUAGCACAAUGACUGCAUGAACGUUGAUGAGCGGGAUUUUAGUCUCUGCACCGCACCGCACCAAAAACGGCCACGAAAUUUACAAUUGCUCUCUCCCUUGGCGCUUGGUGCGACUAAUGAGCCCCCGUUGUUGCAUUACGAUGGCACCAUCCCAUUUCGUCAAACUGCACACUAGACACUACACUUCUGGGUGAGUGUAUUUUAAUUCAAUCACACUCCAUUUCCCGGGCACUUCCUUCCGGUGGUGGACGGUGGUGUGACCGCGGGAAUUGUCACGGGACAAAUGCGGCAAAUUCCAGCCGUCGGUUCACUUUUCGCACCUUGCCCACUACCUUGCUCCCCCAUUGACCGUAUGUCACCGUGUGCAAUGACAAAUGAUUCACACAAACCGGACCCUGUAAUUGCAACCGCACACGCAACACAUGCGAUAAAUUUGUCCACCAUUUUGAUGCUGGAAAGGGAAAUGGCUUGGAUUGGGUUCUUGGUGCAAGUAGUGCGUAAUAUAAGUAGUCGUUUGUUCAUUAAUUACAAUCACUCCCGACUGGAAGGCGUUUCGUUGGGCUAUACAGUUAGCUUUAACUUCAAUUUUAAAUUCCAGCAAACAGCCAACACUCACCAACCUCAGUGUCUUGGGCAUAUAUUUUUUUAUCUAUUUUUACCCUUCCGUGACACGCCUUCGGAGAGCAAAAGGAUCCCAAAAUUCAAUCUCGAUCUCGCCAGCCCCAACACAACCACAACGACGCGCUGUUGUGUCACUGGCAGAUGAUAAAUUUUUGUAUCACACCCAUUAUCGCCUGACCGAUAAGAUUAACUUCCUAUCCCUUGCCCGGGCUAAGGCAAGUAGGGACGUGUCACGAUUGAUUGGAUGGUGCAGGAUGUCAAUUCACUUAUCCUUGGCGAUUCGAUCCUUGUCGCAGCCCUCUGGCAGAGCAAAAGGUUUUAUUCUUAUAUAUAUGUAUACAGACCCAACAAACAAGGCGCCACCAUCGAAAGGCGCUUCAGGGGGCUGUCCCGAAAUCAAUCUCAGUCUUACGAUCCGCCGAUAACUUAUACAGCAAAUCGGUCUUCCCACAAACGGCACAAAAAACAUUGAGAAUGUGAAAAGGAUCCAAGCGAUUGAAAAUUAUGCCCCCGUAAUGGGAACGAUAGAAAGCGAAGGCGAAAGACAAUAGAUUGGGUGUUUUAAAGAACUCCUCAGCCACGUGGUUGAAACAACCUACAACGAAAAACACAACGAAAAAAAGUGAACAACUUCCAUAAUCAAUGAUCACGAUUGGACGAGCACAUGCGUGUGACAUCGACACCGCCGAGCUGCCGAGAGUCUGGCUGUGACCUGCCACAUAAUCGUGAAAUCAGUCAGGAUGGACCUGAUUCCGGCACAGGGCGAUAAGAAUAAAUUUUAACUCAUCCAUUGAGCCGAUCGGGACUAUAACGCCGCAUGAAUGAAGCGAAUGAAAAAUGGGCGUACAUUUUUCCCCAAUUUUUUGUUCGCUCUUUGUCUCUCGCACUUCCCCAUUUUGGGGACAGGCAUUCCAGUGUCUGCAAAUGAUAACACCCGCUCGGAACACAGGGAAGUGAUAGUGGGCACAUUUCUCGUAUCGGGUCGAAUGAAAGUGACACAGCACACAGUGAAUGCUCCGGGAGAGUGGAGGAUUGGACAUGAUCACGGUGCCGGUACCAGAAAAUGGCCGCUCGUAUCGCAUCAUCAUCACCACCGUCCACGUUCGCGUGUCCGCGGCGGGUGAAAUUGAAUCAUCAUUUUAUCUAAAAUAUUAUCUAAACGGAAUUCAAUUUCCGAUCGAAUUUAUAACUUUCGCUCUUGCGUGUUUGCGGUUUUGUCCCCCGCGCCCCAUGCAUUCGAUGGUCACCGUCGAUGGGUCGUUCGAAGCAUCCACCUUUUCCAACCCGUCCAAGCGCGCCCGGGGCCGUUCGGGUCGUCCAUCCCAAAAAACGGGGAGCUUUUUAGAUUGAUUCUGUUGCCCGCUUUGAUUCCACGCCCGCUGCAUGAUGAUGCUUGGCUGCUGCAAUCAGCGAAUCAAUAAGAACCAGCACCGGAACCGAACCGAAAGUCAAGUAAGCGAGCCACCAUUGAUUAUUCAAUGGCCACGUGUGGACAGUGCUCGCUGCACAGUAUAAAGUACGGCUUUCCGUGCCUCACAAUCUAAAAAACCGGUUUGAGAUUGCGAAAGCACAAUCUAUGGUAUCUCCCACUUGUUCACUGCUGAACGAGUGGAACGAUUAUCUACAGCCUAGCUUCUACUUCCGACGUGCUCAAAAUCAACUCGAUCUGUCUACUACGGUCAGUACUGCAGUGGCUACGGCCAAACAAAAAAAAACAUGGCGUCCGCUCACCUAAGGAACAACAAUCCCACUUUACACCCCAUUCUAGGGGGGCCAUUUCGAACGAUUUAAUAUGCUCGCAUCGGCUUGCGACUUCGCCAAACGGUCGUACGACCAUCGAGCCCGACCGUGGCCGAAUUUUAUGAUCCCAUUGACCAAGCCGAUGGAUCCAACGCCACCAAUUUUCCAACAGUUCAUCGCUCGUAAGUCACUUGACUUAGCCUCUAGCCCUUAGGUUUGUUGUCACCCUUUUACCGUUUGUGCUUCCCGUGUUUGCCACGAGAGGUAACACCAAACAUGCUGGAUGGGUUUGUUUGUUUUUUUAUUAUCACAAAACGGAUUUAACACAACCCGAAGAACCUAUGCCAUUGCACUGGACAGCGUCAUCAUUAACACACUCUGGUUGCCGUAAAGCGGCCACGAGUGUGUGUAAAGUCGCGCACUUACCUUACGCUCCGGGCAAAAAGACAUUCCAUACAACUCAACCCCCUCGGGUGCUGCUGGCCACUGGCGGUUUUAUGGUUAUUGAUUGGUUGUGCGCCUUUUUUUAGUGUGUGUUUUUGCGCGCAAUGGAGUAUUGCUCAAAGUGCUGAUGUGAUCUACAAAAAAACGAUGCAAGUGUCUGGAUAAGGAUGUUAUUGGCUGGGUGACCAUACGGAAGAGCGUUUUGGGUAGGAAGGAAAUUGAUUUUUUCGCUUUCUGUUGCGCAUCUUUCCUUAUCAAGAACGUUACUUGUUAAGUGUAUUGAAGAAGAGCUAAUUUCGCAACACAAUUGUAUGGAAAUUUGGACACAAAUUCAUAACAUGUUGGUAUUAAAUUUGUACUUCUACAAGGGCAAAGAGCAACGCUAUCAAAACUAAGCUUUCAAAAGCAAAUAAUCGAAAAGAAAAUCGAUGAAAUACCUUUCCAACGACAAUGCUCCAAACAAAACAGUACACAUAAUAGUCGUUCAAGUCAAGGUCAUAACAGUUGAUAACACCAGUACAGAAUCGCACGAACCCAACAGCUCCAAUAGUUCAAUUCCAUCUGGGGACUACUUGCGUGCUGCAAAAGGGCAGUUUAAUCUACCACUAAGCACUAAGCGCACCAACUGCCCACUGAAGCUGCCCGGUUUUUUUCCACGCGCUUUUUUGUUCGGCAUUUCCCGACAACCCGACCGAACCCGGGGAACCGGGAAAACGGCCCAGCAUCCCUGGCCUCCUGGCAGUCACUCGAAUAAAAAUCAAAGUCCCCGGCACUGCGCUCUUUAACGCAAAAAGUUCGAUUAAUGCUCGCUCCAGCGAGCCCGGGUUGUAAAAGUCAUUAAAAUUCAUGGUACUUCGCCUCGGGAGGGCAAUUCUGAAACCACCCACCAGCACCCACCGCAAACCGUCCACCCCCUUCGCCGUGGUUGUGGUGCGGUUUUGCGCGCCAGCAAAAGUUCUCGUUUGUGUCUGGAAGUGUUGUUUUCAUUUCCCCUGCCCAGUUGAAUUGCGCUACAGUUCGGCUACUCAUCCACACACAGAGAGUGUCAAACAACGGGUGAAAAAGAGUGUGUAAAACUCGCGCCGAACACACAAAAUUGUGCCCCAAAGUCUGCCUUUAAACGGACCAUAGCCACGGAAUGGGCUAUGGUUCGUUUCCCUAUCCGCUACAAGCGGACCACGCGGACGAGGCCGAAACAAAGUGGCUCUAAAGCGGUGGACCACGCGGAACAAGAAGAGACAGAACACAGGCGAACACAGACCUGUCCACCGCACCGGAUCGAGAGUUGCUGAUGAAGCUUCAGCGACGGUUGAACGCAACCCGAAACAUUGUCAACCCCCCACUGCAAUCGCGACACCGAACCAAACGCUUUUUGGUGUGCGCCUCUUUUGACAGGCCAAACUGAGCCGGCGUGUGGAGCAUUUCACUGCCCGCGCGCGUGUGCCUUUUUCGUGCUCCACCGUGGAACAUCAUGGCGAAUCUUUGCGCCUUGCGCACUAUCCUGCCCCACGCCAGCACAAACGAAUGCAACGAAUGCUUUUUCUUUAAAUUCAAUUAAAAAUAAUUACAUAAUUUCAAACCCAUUCUGGAGGGGCCAGCAGGAGCCAGUAAGGGCUCCUGGCCAGCACUAAACGCCAUCGCCCUACCACGCCCUUUCGCAGCCAGUGAGGGAGAAAUUGCGAUUUUAUAAUGAACAAAAGAAAUGAUUCUAUUUCCAAUUGCAACCGGGACUUGUACCCCCACCAUCCGACACACUGUGGCCCAACCCGUCGAACGGCAAACGGCCAAAAGAAGGAAGCAUACGAAAACCCUUAAGCGGGUGGGAGCCGGUCACACACAGAACAAAAGCAGCUUGCACGGGUAAGGAGGCGAAACGCUCGAUUUUCAAUUUCCCGCUUUGCCCAGGGAUUGCUUCCAAAUGCUAGCAAACACGGGGAGCACUGGCGAUGGUGAUGAUGAUGGCGACGGCAACUAACCGGCCCGGCCAAGGAACAAGUGCCAGCUGGCGGUACAAGCGAGCGCUUCCUGGCACUUUGCGACCCCGUCGUCGACGAAAAGGCCGGUCCCUCUCCCUCCCCCGGGGUAGAAGUAGCUUCUUUAGCGGAAUGGUAUUGUUUCUUUUGCGACAGCUUCGUACGCUGCUUCAGUGCAGUUGGGAGAUGAAAAAAAAAACGUCAUGGCAGAACAGGGCGAAUGUGAUAAGAAGAUGUGGUGCAAAAACAACACAAAAAAGCACGACUCUCCUGAAAAUCUCGCACACUAUGGCAACCCCAUUGUUGUGGUGACGGUAGAACUGGAUGGAAAUGAGGUGCGACACGGUAUAGACGGUUGCGGGGUGACUACCCGUCCGGUUAAGGGGUGUAGAAAGAUGUGUAUUGCUAUUUCUUGCUUUGCUUUGCUAUGUCUCUUUUUCUGAGAUAAAAACGUCUCCAAACUAGAUCAUAUUCACUUGUACUUGGGAAGUUAUCUAUUGCACCCGGGCGGAAGUGUUCUUUGCGAAGUAUUAGGAAUGGCUUUUGAUUUCUCUCUAAUUUUUUCCCUUUUCUAUUAUUUUUUAAGAUAGCAAGACUUCCUAAGUUUAAAAUUUACACCUAGUGGUUCCAAAGAGAUUCUAAAGAAACAGAAAAUCCCAUUCUCCUUUAUCUCAACCAGAACAAUUAAAAUAUCCUAGACACGCAGCAAACCAGCUCUUGUUCCAGGUGUCGGUAAAACUUUGCUCAUUUGUCUAUUCCGCACUCACACACACACACACACACAGUCCCGAAAAUUCCCCUCCAAGCACGUAUGACGACCAGAAGAUGAUGAUGAUGGGCAAACUUUCUUUACGCUGCCAAAACGCCCAGCCAAAACGGGCCACAUCCGAGACGUUGCGGAAUUAGUUUCGGCCGGCUGAGCCAAUGCCGAUGCGCCCGACGGGGCGGUGGCUCACGCUGUGAGGAGCCUUCAAAAGCUCGGUGUCAGCCUGCCGCUUGUCCGAAAUCAAAAUGUGUGAAAACCUGUCGCACACGCUAGACAGAACAUUUGCUUCGAGCGAUGCUGGCACGGCGAACGAUGGACAGCGUGCGGUUUGGCGCUCCGGGAAGCAGGAAGAUCGUCGGGAAAUGCCGGCACACAUUCCAUUCCCGCGUGUCUGCCACGGCUGGAACUAAUCUAGCGUAGCUAAAUAGUUGCAUAAGUGAAUACUUCCACACAAGGGUCGCGUUAUUCGGUGCGGUAAAAGCGGAAGCGUGGCACACUUUGCUUGUCCGCGCGCCUCCAUUGUAGUGGUUGUUACGAUAAUACGGUAGAUGGCGCAGCUGUAGUACGCAACAGUGUAGUGGUAGUGGAUGACAACGUUGUACAACGGUCCACACAGACACACACACACACACACACACACACACACACACACACAACCAGUGCCGCAACUCGAUGAAGCGGCACUUGUUGUUUCUCGCCAAGCACACACUUUAAACAAGCGGUUCGUCGUUCGUUAGAGCCGUUCUUCACAUGAAAGCGUCCCUCCCUGAGAACUGACAAUGCAGCCCUACUGCAGGCUGCUGCCUGCCGUGCAGCAAAAGGACGACAAUUUAAGUGGACUAGCUUGGACGUUGUUGCACCAUUGACCUUAUUCCUCACGGCAGGAAGCACGUGGCUCGGUGGUCGGGUUUGCCACCAGUCGCUGCUCCAGUGAUCUAAUCAGCACACUCUCACAGCACCCAAAGCUGACGUGUUCCUCGAGUAGUAGCUUGGGUUAAAUUAAUGAGAAAACCAAAAUUAUUAUUGUUUUAAAUUCAAUUAGCAGCGUGGAGGCAAGAGGUUACGACCUGCCUGCCAUGUGAUAAUUACGACAGUUAAAUGUUUCUUUCGCGGCGCAUUUUUGGCUGAGGACGGGGAGAGAGUGAGGCAGUUUAAGCCCGUAAAAUAUGUCACUCUCCGGGAGAUGAAUGCUUUUUACCCCGCUAAACUGUAGCAUUAUUUCCGUAGAUGUUCUUUAUAUAAGAUUCCACUGUUGUUUCCCCAAUACAGAUUUAACCUUGUUUUCAAGUCCAAUGUUUUCAUGCGACUUUAUAACUGAAACAGAAGCAACACGGGCCUUACCAGUACACAUUCCUGGGAAUACCUUAGCCACCGGGUCGCAACAGCAACCAACCAAAACGAUUCUACCCCAGAACAACCGUACGCCGGCUGUGCAGCGGGAAAUGGGGGAAAUAAAUUUGGAAUCAAAUUUUAUUACAUUCUGCACCAUUGCGCCAUUACUUCGGGGUAAAAGGAGCUCCCGGUUCCUGGAUCAGAACUUUUCAGCAACACAAGGUUUAUAUGCUUUUUCCACGAAGAAUCGCGGCCACAGUUCCACUCAUCUGCUGUACCCAAUAUUGGACGUCAUUUAAGACGUCUGAAUGUUACGAUUUUUCGCACACGUAUUUUGACCUUCCAUCCUGUGUUGUUCUGGCGGUGGGAAUGUUUGUGCAAUUAUUUCCGAGUAAUGAGCGGCCGGAAUGAAUAUUUAAUGUCCGGCGGUUGGGCUUCCGCUACGAAUGGGAAGGAAAACCUCUUUGCGAACCAUAUUAAGUAAGGUUAAACCCCACUUGACGAGGGAGAGAAAGGUUUUAAUUCGCAGAGUGCAAAGAUUUCAAACUGCAACGACUAACGAUAAUAGUGCACCCUCUUAGUAAUAAGAGAUUUUUACAUUGAGUUAAUUAGAACAAUUACAAUGAUUUUUUUUAUGUUUUUAAAACUCAAAACGUUUCUUUAAUUAUUUUACUGAAAGCGCCCUCUCGCGGCAUUAUUCUGCUUUAAAACGCCGCGCCAGUUGUACGAUGUACUUAGUAGCAAAUUGCAUACUGCAGAGAGUCAAAGCAAUUUAAUUCGUUUGAUACCGGUUCGGUUUGUACUUAAAACCUGUCAAGGAAAUGAAUCAAAAGUAAUAAACGUUAAACAAAACUGAUUCAAAACUUUAGUAGCAGCACUCACAGAGAAGCGAUAAAUCGACACCAGAGCCUAUUAUUGUACCGGAUCAAUUAGCGCAUUACGCUUCGAUUAGUAAAUAGUGCGAUUAGAGGAAGGGUGAUGAAGAAGCUUUUAGGUAAGGUUAUGCAGACGGAGGAGAACGACAAUGCCAUCUCAUCCACACACGCAACACAUAUCACAACGGACAAUACGUUCAUGUUUUUCAAUUCUUAACCUCAAUCUUCUUCUACUAUUGCUACUACUACUACUACUACCACUACUACCACUACUACUCGAAAGUAUUCUACCGAAUCUCUUCGGUCAAUUAUUAACCAUAGCAAGAUAGCUGAAGCAUCGAAUUCUUCCUGCUCGAAUCUCAAUUAUAUAGCCCCAUAUUUCUAUUAGUACUCUACGAAUCGUCAAUACACACGGCUUACCUGCUGACUAACAGAGGUGUAGGAGUAGACAUAAAUCUUUCACGCAGCAAAAAAAACGAAAUAAGUUAAAUUUUAAAACAACGAAAAAAAAAACAAAUGAAGAAAAUUAUACAACGCUAACCCAGAUACCCAGAACGCUGUUGCAAGAGUAGAAUGAUAUUCUCCGGAGAGUUGAUGCAUACAAGAAUAGAAGCAAGUGAACCUGGUACGGUUGGUACGCGCGACUUUCACACACCACGCUCGAACGAUAGUGCGGCAAGCAGAUUGUUGGCACCGUUAAGCCGUGCAGCAAAGUUUACCCAAAACGGCCAAGCGAAGCAAAAGAUUUUCUUUCCUUCGUUCCUGCUUUCUCUUUUGAAUAGAUGAGAACCAGUGUGUUUGGAGAGAUUUUUAUCUUUGUGUUAGUAUUAUUAUAGCUGAAAAAGACUGGUUCUGCUGCAUGAAGCUUUGUAUGUGUAAGCUAAAUAAGUACUACUUUUUAUUCCUCUGUUUAAAUUUACGUUUUACGUAGAGUUUACAUUUAUCUAGGAUAGCGUACGAGAUGCGCAAACGGUGAUGUAGCACAACUUGCCGACCAUCUUUGAUUUCGCUUCGCUGACGAAGCACUUCACACUGGCUGCACUGAGUGCAUGACUGUUGCAAUUGCUGAUUUUGCCACCCGCAGCAAACUUCCAACGAAUACGUUUUUGCCACUGCACCCGAUCUCACAUUUGAUGAAGUGCCCGAACAGCUUGUCAUGUCGAAACCGAAUAUCAACAGUACAGAUUCACACCACGGAAAGCGAGAUAGAGGGAAGAAACAAUCACAACAAGUACUAUCUAGCAAAGAGGCUCUCCUUUGGAAAAAAACAACAACCAACAAGACACAAGGGCAGACAAGAAACAUUCAAAGUUAAAGUACCAAGUCAAACAAUAACAGCAGCACCACUGGGGCACUUGCUUCCUCUGGUACAACUUUUCGACAGCAGUUUGAAGUUUUGGAGUGCAAAUUAGAAUUUUCCCAUUCCAAGCGUGGCCUCGGUGCAUCACGCUCCACCAGCCGGAUGAUGCAUGAAUGGGUAGUGCCGAAAAUCUGGCAGCUUGCACCCAUCACCACCCGUCCUUCUCAUUAAUUGCAAAUGCCCUCUCCUCUCUGCGCUCCGUUCACCUGCCUGUUGGCUCGCGCGUACUACUUAGCGAACUUUUUCGGCCAAUCCCGUUUCAAGGAUCUUCAAAAGCGAGGGUGAUUCAUUAUGUAACGAGAAAUUACAUGCAGUCCAUCAGUUUAGGCAUCGGGGGCCAACUAUUGCUACCUACUGUACCAUCCGCCACCACCGGUUCACUCGUGCGAAUUCUUGCAUUGCAUACAUGCAGGCGCUAGCGGAAAAGAUAAAUACAUCAUUACAAACUUCCUUCACGUGCGGCACCGGAGCCAGCUCAGAUUCGUCAAUCAUGAUAACGUUUGCAAACUUUAAACAUGACACGCUUCCUCUUUAAGAUAUUAUGAGAAAAGUUUGAUUAAGCAGCGAUGAUCAGACACUGAGAGCGAAUAUACUGUGCUAUUUUUAAGCACUUGGGCAAGUUUCCGAAGUACUGUUUUUGCUUCAGAAAUUUAUUCAAUUAAUUUAUAUUUUCCAUAAGUAGAGAAUUAUAUAAAGAGCUAUGAAAUAAUGUUCAUAAAAUACACUUAUAUCAAUCUAACAUGCUACAUUAUUUGAGUAGAACAUUCACACACAAGCAAUUACGGAAGGACUAGCAGACAAACCAAAUCAAAUUAAACAAAAACUAGGCCUCUAAGGCUCAUAUUACCUACGAGGCGCAGCUACAAGCGAACAUUAGUUUUUCAUACUCUCUUACUAUCCCAUUUAAAUCUCAAACUAUUCCCAUCAGCACUGACACUUCCGUGCCAGUUCGAUAUUGUUCCCAACACAGAAUAUAUUUAGUCGGUAGAUGGUAGUACCUCAAUAAAACCACCAGCUCUAAGAACACAGCUAAUACAUUCUUCACACACAAUGAGAAUAAUUUGAUCGCUAUUCUUGCUACGCUAAUACACUAAAACCGUACCGAUACAGCAGCUAGAAACUGAUAAACUAAUGGUUACAAUAUACCACUUUUCUUCCAAGCCACUAGCAAAGUAUGACUUCUCCAAUAUCAGCACUGUAACUGUAAUCAGCUAGCGUGUAGACUAAUACUAACCGCUUGUAGUGUUUUGUUCCAUCGUUUACGUUUAAUUUCUAGUCAGUUUGUUCUCACUAGCCCUCCUAGGCAGAUAAGUAAGCACUUUAUAAACUCUUAACUUAAGCAAAUACUCUAACAACGCUUUGUUAGAAGUGUGACGAAAAAAAAACCUGCAAACAAUGAGCAAUACACAUUGAACAAAAAAGCAAUACUGAACGAUGUGAAUGAUGGGGAAUUAGGAGGCGAAUUAAAAGCAAAUAGUAGUAGCAGCA